UGCCCACAUAAUCAAAGUGGAAAAAAGUAAAGAAAAAGAACGACAGUGAAAAUUAUCUCUGACGAGACAAAAUCCAUAUUUUCGCAAUUAAAACCCUUUUAAUUGCGCCUAAAUUGCGUACCUUCGGUUCCGGGAGCUGCACUUUACGCGACAAGUGCAAAAUAUCGCCGUGGCGCAUGAAUUUCGGGUGUUUUUGUCCGGACAAAAUAUUCCGUCGCGAGUGAGAAUUUUCCAGCUUUCAUCAUCAUCAUCAUCGUCGUCGUCGUUUCACACACAUGAGUGAUGGCUAACGGUGCAUUUGAAACGGAAAGACGAUUCGUGAAUCAGUGAUAAAGCGUGGCACAAAUUAGUGCAAUCUCGUCCCUGAAGAAACCCAUAGUGAAAUCGAAUACCCUGGUGGCUGUUUGGGGGCAAAAUUAUGCCAACGAUAGCAGCCAACAGCAGCUCCAACGUUAGCAACAGUGGCAGCACUAGCAUUAUUGCCAGUGGCACGAGCAGCAACAGUGCCACAAUCAGUACCAAAACCAAGGAAAUGUUUAUCGUCCGGGCUCUGGAGAAGAUCCUCAGCGACAAGGAUAUCAAACGGUCGCACCAUUCUCAGCUGAAGCGAGCCUGCGAUGCGGCGUUAGAGGACAUCAAGGAAGAACUCAAGGAAGCUGGCCAAACGGAGCCAAAUGGCGAAGUACCGGUUCCGUCGGCAGCUCUGCCGCUGCCAAAGAAUGAUUCGGCCAACAUAAUCAACGCCGAGAAGUACUUCCUCCCGUUUGAGCUGGCCUGUCAGAGCAAAACCCCCCGGAUCGUUGUGACGGCGUUGGAUUGUCUGCAGAAGCUGAUCGCCUAUGGGCACCUGACCGGGAACAUUCCGGAUUCAUCGAAUCCGGGAAAGUUCCUCAUUGAUAGGAUUGUUACAACCAUUUGUAAUUGUUUCAUGGGACCGCAGACGGAUGAAGGCGUUCAGUUGCAGAUUAUCAAGGCACUGUUAACGGUGGUCACUUCGCAGUAUGUUGAGGUACACGAAGGAACCGUUUUGCAAGGGGUGCGAACUUGUUACGACAUCUACCUGUCGAGUAAAAAUUUGAUCAAUCAGACUACGGCACGGGCAACUCUGACGCAGAUGCUGAAUGUGAUUUUUACGCGAAUGGAGAACCAAGCGUACGAAAUGGGUUCGAGUGGGAUGAGUGCAAUAGGAUCGCCUACUGCUGGGCAGGAGGAAUCUCCAACGGUGCCAGAGGAGAAACAUCCGGAUUAUGACAUGGUACGCGGAAUAGUGGAUGAAAUUGUCGAUAACGUCAUGGCAGCAGCAGCGGCCGCUGUUGAAGAAAAUUCCAAAAUCACGUCUGCAGGUUCCGAGGCCGGAGAUGCCGAGACGGGAAGCAUUGGCGGAGUGUCCAACGGUGGAACAGAUAACACCUCGAUUGCACGGGUACCUUCGCAGGAGAGCAUGGAAGUAACCAGCGAGAACGAUAGCAUUGUAACGGCCAAAUUUACUCACAUUCUCCAGAAGGAUGCCUUCUUGGUGUUCCGAGCGCUGUGCAAACUGUCCAUGAAGCCCCUCCCGGAAGGACAUCCGGAUCCGAAAUCUCACGAGCUGCGGUCGAAGAUCCUUUCGCUGCAUUUGCUGCUGUCGAUUCUGCAGAACGCAGGGCCGGUUUUUCGUUCGAAUGAGAUGUUCAUUAUGGCCAUCAAGCAGUACCUGUGUGUGGCGUUGUCCAAAAACGGCGGAAGUUCCGUCCCGGAGGUUUUCGAGCUAUCACUGUCGAUCUUUGUCGCUUUACUUUCCAACUUUAAGAUCCACUUGAAGAAGCAAAUUGAGGUGUUUUUCAAGGAGAUUUUUUUGAAUAUUCUGGAAGCUACCAGUUCAUCGUUCGAGCACAAGUGGAUGGUAAUCCAGGCGCUGACACGGAUUUGCGCCGACGCUCAGAGCGUAGUGGAUAUCUACGUGAACUAUGACUGUGAUUUCUCCGCCGCCAACCUGUUUGAACGAUUGGUGAACGAUCUGUCGAAAAUUGCUCAAGGGAGGCAAGCGUUGGAACUGGGGACGUCGGUGAAUCAGGAGAAAUCGAUGCGAAUCCGAGGGCUGGAGUGCUUGGUAUCGAUCCUUAAGUGCAUGGUCGAGUGGAGUAAAGAUUUGUACGUAAAUCCAAAUUCGCAAACAUCGCUGGGAGAUCCUCCGCCGCAGGCGGUAAGGAGUCCUGAAGAGAAUCCCGAACCGAUGAAGUCUCAUGGCGGAUCAACGGUUAGUAUCAACUCGGUGGGAAGUACCAAUACGUCCGGCGGCAAUCGGGAAGUUCUGGAUCUACCGUAUGAACUGGAAGAGCGAAAGCAGCGGAAAGAAGUUAUGGAAAUGGGAAUCGAUAUGUUCAAUAGGAAACCUAAGAAGGGCAUUCAGUUCCUGCAGGAGCGCGGGCUACUCGGAACUAGCAAUGAGGAUGUGGCCAGGUGGCUGCACGAAGACGAACGGCUUGACAAGACACUGGUUGGGGACUAUUUGGGUGAGAAUGACGAUCAAAGCAAAGCUGUGAUGUGCGCCUAUAUCGAUGCUAUGAACUUUGCCGAGCUGGACAUUGUGGCCGCUUUGAGAUACUUCUUGGAAGGUUUCCGACUCCCGGGUGAGGCACAGAAGAUCGAUAGGUUGAUGGAGAAAUUCGCUAGCAGAUAUUGUGACUGUAACCCAAAUAAUACGUUAUUCGCAUCGGCCGAUACGGUUUACGUGUUGGCCUUCUCGGUGAUUAUGCUGACUACGGAUCUGCACUCCCCUCAGGUCAAACAUAAAAUGACCAAGGAACAAUAUAUCAAGAUGAACCGAGGAAUUAGCGAUAAUAAGGAUCUUCCGGAAGAGUACCUUUCGCAGAUCUACGAUGAAAUUUCCGGACAUGAGAUUAAGAUGAAGAACACCGUGGCGAGUAAACCAGGCAAGCAGAUUAUCGUCAACGAGAAGAAACGGAAACUGCUGUGGAACGUCGAAAUGGAAGCUCUGUCCACGACGGCCAAGAAUCUGAUGGAAUCGGUAUCCCACGUCAAAGCCCCCUUCACAUCGGCCAAGCACUUGGAACAUGUACGGCCUAUGUUUAAGAUGGCAUGGACAUCGUUCCUGGCUGCAUUCUCCGUCGGACUGCAAGACUGUGAUGAUCCGGAAAUUGCCAGCCUUUGUCUGGAUGGCAUUCGCUGUGCCGUCCGGAUUGCCUGCAUUUUCCAAAUGACACUGGAAAGGGAUGCCUACGUGCAGGCAUUGGCGCGAUUCACUCUCUUAACCGCCAAUUCUCCCAUCAACGAAAUGAAGGCCAAGAACAUUGACACCAUCAAAACCCUGAUUAUGGUGGCCCACACGGACGGAAACUAUCUGGGAACCAGUUGGUUGGACAUCGUAAAAUGCAUUUCCCAUUUGGAGUUGGCCCAGCUGAUAGGAACUGGCGUGAGACCGGAAUUCCUAUCCGGCCCGGCUUCCCAUCGCGAUGCCUUGGAUCCAACGGCCAAGGAACACAUCGGAGAAACCAGUUCCCAGAGUAUAGUGGUCGCCGUGGAUCGGAUAUUCACCGGAUCGAUCCGACUCGAUGGUGACGCCAUCGUAGAUUUCGUCAAAGCAUUGUGCCAAGUAUCGCUGGAUGAAUUGACUCGACCGCAACCUCGGAUGUUUUCGUUGCAGAAGAUUGUCGAGAUUUCCUACUACAACAUGGGUCGUAUCCGUCUGCAGUGGUCCCGAAUUUGGCAAAUUUUGGGUGAACAUUUCAACGCUGUCGGAUGUAAUAGCAAUGAAGAAAUUGCCUUCUUCGCUUUGGAUUCCUUGCGGCAGCUAUCGAUGAAGUUUAUCGAGAAGGGAGAAUUCACCAACUUCCGGUUCCAAAAGGACUUUUUACGGCCAUUCGAGCAUAUAAUGAAGAAGAAUGCUUCGCCCGCUAUACGGGACAUGGUCGUCCGAUGCGUGGCGCAAAUGGUCAAUUCCCAAGCUCACAACAUCAAAUCUGGUUGGAAGAAUAUCUUUUCCGUGUUCCAUCUGGCGGCCGGAGAUCAUGAUGGCUCCAUAGUAGAACUGGCCUUUUUGACGACCGGGAAGAUCAUCACCGAUCUGUACCAGUCGCAGUUCCCGAUUAUGAUCGAUUCAUUCCAAGACGCAGUCAAGUGUUUGUCCGAGUUUGCUUGCAACGCCAAGUUCCCCGAUACCAGCAUGGAAGCGAUCAGACUGGUUCGGACGUGUGCCCUCUGCGUAAACGAUGCGCCGAAUCUAUUUGCCGAGCACGCCGGAAUGGAGAAUGACGUUUCGGUUCCAGAGGAGGAUCGAGUUUGGGUCCGGGGAUGGUUCCCGAUGCUGUUUUCGUUAUCCUGCGUGGUGAACCGAUGCAAACUGGAUGUCCGAACUCGUGGAUUGACGGUACUUUUCGAGAUUGUCAAAACCCACGGAGAUGCGUACAAACCGAAUUGGUGGCGUGACCUGUUCAACAUUUUGUUCCGGAUUUUCGAUAACAUGAAACUCCCGGAGCACUACUCGGAAAAGGCCGAAUGGAUGACCACGACCUGCAAUCACGCUCUGUACGCAAUUGUAGAUGUGUUUACUCAAUACUUCGACGUACUUGGGCCGAUGCUGCUGAAGGACCUUUACUGUCAGCUGCAUUGGUGUGUCCAGCAGAACAACGAGCAGUUAGCUCGAUCAGGAACGAAUUGUUUGGAGAAUCUGGUCAUCUCCAAUGGCUUGAAGUUCAACGAGGACACAUGGGACAAAACCUGUCAAUGUAUGCUGGACAUAUUCAACAGUACUCUACCGAACGAAUUACUCACCUGGAAACCGGAUCCGCAUCCUCAGCUCAUUAACCACGCUUCGCAUUAUCCCCAAAAUGGUGACCUUCCUCGGCACGGUAUUCUUAAGAGAACUCCAUCCCAGCAUUCGGUUCACAACCUGAUGGAAGAUCCCUCGAUGAAACAGACGGAACUAAACCAAACGGCUACGCUCUUCUCAAACCUUCUCAUCAAAUGUGUCGUCCAGCUGGAACUAAUCCAGACUAUCGACAACAUCAUCUUCUUCCCGGCUACCUCCCGCAAGGAAGAUGCCGAGACGCUUGCCCAGGCGGCCGCUGAACUGUCUCAUUCCUCAAGUGGUGGUCUGGGAUCCACCACAUCGGGCUCCCUCCUGAACCACUCGAUUUCCACGGAGGAGUGCCAACGCGAAGAACAGGGCAUGUACAGCUAUCUGAACACCCCCCAUCUGCUCCAGUUGAUCGACUGCCUCCUGCAGAGCCACCGGUUCGCCAAGAAGUUCAACUCGAACCACGACCAGCGCAACGUACUGUGGAAGGCCGGCUUCAAGGGCUCGCUGAAGCCGAACCUGCUCAAGCAGGAAACGCAAUCGUUGGCGUGUGUGCUGCGCAUUCUGUUCAAAAUGUACAGCGACGAAAGCCGGCGACGCGACUGGCAGGACAUCGAGCAACGACUGAUUGCCGUGUGUACGGAGGCGCUGGACUACUUCCUGUCGCUGCAGAGUGAACCGCACCGGGAUGCGUGGACGUCGUUGUUGCUGCUGGUGAUGACCCGAUUGCUCAAGAUGCCGGAUUCGAGGUUUGCGGCCCAUAUCUCCAGCUACUACGUGCUAAUGUGCGAUCUGAUGUGCUUCGACCUGAAGCCGGAACUGCGGACAGUCCUGCGGCGGGUGUUUCUGCGCAUCAGUCCGGUGUUUGGAAUCUCCAGUGCCGCCAACAGCGCCACCUAGUAUCGCCGGAAGAGUGGUGUCUCGUUGCCGGUGGUUCCAUCGGUGGUAGCGCAUCACCCUAGAAGCGGGGGUCACUCUUGUCGGAGUGACGCAGCAGGAGCACGGAGAGGAUCGUUCGGUGGAGCUCUAGUCCAACACCAUCACCACCAGCACCAACACCAUCAUAGCAAUAACGUCGUCGCAGGUGGUGACUUCCCGGGUCGUCAUCACAGUCUCGGUGGUUCAUCAACGGUAUCUCCGGCGCUUCACCAGCAGGUCCGAAGCAGUUGGAAUAAAAAACCAAGGUUGUAGUCAUUUUACUGGGAUUUUUAGCUUAUUUCUAUCCAUACUUUGUGUAUGUUACUGUAAACGAGAAAUACUUUUUCAAGUAUUUUUAUUUUGUACUAAAUUAUUAUUCAUAUACCUAUACAAAGAAAUUCGAUAUCAUUGAUAUGUAAUGUCUGUGGUAUUGAUGUAGAUUAAAUAUGGAUUGUCCCGUUCAUUCUAGAUACAAACUGAUUGUUCCUCUUUUCCGUGCCGCUAGGUAAAAAUCGAGAAUCAUAUAAUAUCGGAGUUAUGAAACAGAACUGUCAUUAAAUAAAAAAAAACAAAGUUAAGAAAAGGUGAUGCAUUAUGUUCGUCAGACAAAGUUGAGUAUUGGUUAAUGAAUACUUGACUUGGUUUACAGACGCGGAGUUAUUGUUUAGAGCAACUUUUGCUGAAAUCAGGUCGGAAUUUACAUAAUGUCUUAAGAGUUAUAAUGUAGGAAAAAUGUCUGAUAGUCUCCUACCGUUAUUUUAAAAAAUAAAAAUGUUUCCGCCAUAUUCUUUAUAUUUUAAGUGAGUUUUCUGAUCUUUUCCUGGAAAUUCCAAGACAAAAUUGAGCAGAAAAUUCAAACAUUUUUCAGGAGUGCGGUUAAAUAAUCUACAUGAUUUUUAGCACCAAAUAUUCAAAAAUUAAAAAAAAAAACAUAGUGCAGUAUUAUUGUUCGGCAUCUUUGCAACAUGACAUGGCCUUCCGAUAUAAUUGAUAACACCUAUCCUACUCCAAGGGAUUGCCUUUUGACGUAAAGUUUUAUGCCGCCUUGGCUAAACCUUCUGCACUAUGUGGUCUUGUUCAUAUUUUUUCGAGCAUUUGAAUUUAAAAUUUGAAGGCAUUAUAUCAACAAUGACUUGAUUUCAGCAAAAUUUCUCCGUUUAAAUAAAAAGCAAAUAUUAGGGAAGUGGAACCAUCUCAGCAGGGGUCCUAUUUUGGGCACUUUUUCUGUUAUAACUAAGCCAAUUCUGAACCAAUUGACACAAUUUUUGGAACGCGAUGAGAUAGGUAAAGUAUCUAGCCGUGUACAAACUCAAUUGGUUUUGAAUUGACUGAGUUAUAGCGAAGAGUGCCCAAAAUACCGGCCGCUGCCCAAGUGGUUCGCUACCCUAUAUCCAGAUGUAAAUAUUCCCAUACAACGGUCGAGUAACGAUCUAUACCUUAUAACAGAAUAAAGAAACAAAACCGCUAAGAAUAAAACCAAUUAGCUGCAAUGUUUUGAUUUCGAUCAAACUUUUGGAUAAACUUUUGGGUAAGUGAUGUAAGAUGCCGAAGCCGAAGUUGUGUCUUCUUUUUGUGCUUAUUUUCUAGGUGAAAAAAUAAAAAAAUGAUUUCAAACAAAACUCACAACGUUAGAAACAUACAUUACAGCCUCUAGAGAGGACAUAGUACGCAUGGUAGAGACACUUAAUCACAGAUAAAAAUCCUUACCUAGAGUUGAAACAUCUAAAAAAACAGCAAGCAAAUCAAAAUACCUACUGGAAAUUCAACUUAACAUUUUUUCUCACCCAACUUUCCUAACUGUAGCUUUACACUAUCUGUAACAGUAGACUCUCGAUAACCGUACCGAAUCGAUCACGUGUUUUUAGAUGAAAACACUUUAAAACCUACACCUAAAACCUAACCUUUCAAGCUCUGAUUAGUUGAUAUCGUCGUACUAAAGAAAACAAAUAAU